AAAAUCUUUAUAAAACUGACAGGCUGCUGCUUGUGUUUGUCACACCAUCAAGGCCGUCCGGUGAGGUAAGCACUGAAGUGCAUCUCAAACUCAUUGCAGACACAAUCCCUCUCAGUCAUGUGCUGUGCUGUAAUGGUUGUAUUGUUUCUUCAGUAUGGUUCAGGUGGAUGAGAACUACACACAAGUUUCAGAGUUUGUUAUUAUGGGCUUCCCAAGUCUCCAGCCGGGGAAUUUUAACCUGGUAGCAUGGUUCUUCUUUUUCCUCUAUGUGGCUACGGUGGGGGGCAACCUUUUGCUGGUGGUGCUGUUUGCUUUGGAGCGCAGCCUCCAAAAGCCCAUGUACAUCGUCAUGGUCAGCCUGGCCCUCUCAGACAUUGGGUUUGCCACAGUUGUUUUACCCAAACUGACUGCUCGCUACUGGUGGAAUGAUAGGAGUCUUGGCUUUCACACUUGCCUCUUCCAACAGCACAUGAUCCACUAUUUUGGCUCCCUGAACUCCCUGAUUUUACUGACAAUGGCCCUGGACCGAUACGUAGCUAUCUGUUUUCCUCUCAGAUACCCAAUGGUGAUGACAAACCAAACCAUGACGGGCCUCACGGUCUUCUGCUGGGUGGUUGCGCACAUCUUCCCUGGCAUUACCACCAUCAACUUCACCAUGAUGCCGUUUUGUGGGCCUAACCAAAUCAUACAAGCCUUCUGUGACACUCUGUCUCUUAAAGCUCUUGUGUGCAGAGACACCAGCGAACUAUACAGCAAAGCCUUCACUGUAGCGAUGUUUAUUCUUUAUGUUCCUUUAUCCUUCAUCAUAUUAUCUUACAUUUUCAUCAUCAUCUCAGUAUUGCGCAUGGCCAGUGGACAGGGCAGAAGGAAAACCUUCUCUACCUGUGCCACCCAGGGCUGCAUCAUUUCCAUCUACUACAUACCACGUUUCUUUGUCUACUCCACACCUUUCUUCCCUAACCUGACGAUGACCACUGACAAGCGUAUAGCCACCAUCCUCUUCUACAGCCUUUUCCCUCCACUGAUCAACCCGUUCAUCUACUGUCUGAGAACCAAGGAGAUCAAGCAAAUAUUUGCACGCUGGAUCUGGAGACAAAAGGGCAUUGCGCCUAAGAAGCAAGGCCAAAUUGAGGCUAUCACCAAAUCACAAUGAGAAGUAAUGCAAGACCUUUAUUGUUGUAAUAAAUGCAUGCAUGAUCAUUCAGUCUAUAUGGUUAUGUACGGAAAAGUGUUUGAUUAUAGAAAAUAAUAAUAACUAAAAUGCUGUUUUAGUGUGGAAACCAGGGCACAAGUUUAUAUCCCUCUUUUUGUCCUGCUUUCCCUCUGUCUGUAUGUGUAUAAAUAGUGCUUUAAUUCAAAAUAAACUUAUCCUGCAUUUC